GCGGCGGCGGCGCGUGAGCUCGCGUGUCCUUGGGUCCCGCCUUCCCGGGCCAGUGUGUGGAGGCCUCCGUGUCGCCGUUACCGCCCGCACCUGCCCUGCCGCAGCACUCUCGGCUACACGUUCUGCUCGGCCCCGCCAUGCCGGUGGACCUCAGCAAGUGGUCCGGGCCCUUGAGCCUGCAGGAAGUGGACGAGCAGCCGCAGCACCCGCUGCAUGUCACCUACGGCGGGGCGGCGGUGGACGAGCUGGGCAAAGUGCUGACGCCCACCCAGGUCAAGAACAGACCCACCAGCAUUUCGUGGGAUGGUCUUGAUUCAGGGAAGCUCUACACCUUGGUCCUGACAGACCCGGAUGCUCCCAGCAGGAAGGAUCCCAAGUACAGAGAAUGGCAUCAUUUCCUGGUGGUCAACAUGAAGGGCAAUGACAUCAGCAGUGGCACAGUCCUCUCCGAUUACGUGGGCUCGGGGCCUCCCAAGGGCACAGUCCUCGCUUUGGUACACCUUGUCCAGCCAGGAGUUCACAUGAAGAGGUACAAGAACAUCCCUGACAUGGACAGUUGGUCACGGGCUCAUGUUCUGUCUGUGGACCCAGAAGCUUCAGAUGCCUUUAAACUCUCUCACACGUUCAUAGCAGAAGGGGCCCCCGUGGCCGGCACGUGUUACCAGGCCGAGUGGGAUGACUACGUGCCCAAACUGUACGAGCAGCUGUCUGGGAAGUAGAGGGUUAGCUUGGGGACCAGAACAGUCUGUCCUGGAGGCCCCAAGCCAUGUUCCUCAGUUCAGUGUUGCAUGUGUAAUAGAUUUCUCCUCUCCCUUCCCCCCUUUGCACAGGCAAGACCUGAGCAGUCAGAUGGUGGUUUAGGGUGACUUUUCCUGCUGCCUGGCCUUUAUUAUUUUAGUCACUUACCCACUCUGAUUUAUGUUUUGGUCAAAUCUGAAUUCCAUUUUGGGGGAUAUUUCGGCACUGUGAGGGGGUCAUCAAAUUGUUAAUAUGAAAAUAGCAACCCAGAAUGUAAAGAAGAAAAAAAUUGGGGGGAAAAAGACCAGGUUUGCAGUGAUAGGGCAAAGCAUCAAAGAAUCUUUAAGGGAGGUUAAAAAAAAAAAAGGUUGGCAAUCCUGGGUCCAGAAUGGGACGCAGUGGGGUUUUAUGGUGAUGUUAUUCACCUAGACAGCCAGAAGCUGGCAUUGAAGCUUACCCCCAACACGUUGCAUCUCAGAUGCCUCAAUAGGCAUCAGUAUCUCGCUCUGGUCCCUUUAAAGAGCAGUCCUGGAAAAAGCAGUAGGGAGAGUGGCUUUGCUGUUGUUGGAGCAUGGCCAUCUCGACCGGCAGCAGUGCUGGCUGACAGCCUAGCAGGAAUCCCUAUAUCUGUGUCUGUUAAAUUGAUCAUUCUUCGUGGGAGCAAGAAAAGCUGGUUUGAAGUUGCUGAACAUUGCAUUAAUUCUGCUAUUUGCUUAUAGUUGAAUAAAAAUAGAAACCUGAAU